GGCAAGUUGGCAGGGUGGGUUAGUCUGAACUUAAUCAUGGACUUAAAGCUUCUAAAGAACUAAUCGUAUUUAAUUAAUUCAUUAAUAAUCAACCUAAUGAUUGUAUCAUAUUUCUUCAUAUAAAUACUGCUUUUGAUGUACAGUGGGGGUCAAAAGUCUGAGUCCAGUCAAUAUGCUUUUGCCUUUUCUUGAUACACAAUACAUUUUCACACAAUAGAGCACUAUUUGUGCAUCAAAUAAGGAUUUACAUCAACGUUGCAAUUGAUUAUACUAUAUUAGUCAAGUGAACAUUAUUUCAAUAUUUUGUGUGACCUCCUUUUGAUUUUAAAAUAGCUUUAACUCUUCCAGGCAUAGAUUCAACAAGUGUUCUAAGUACUGCUGGCACAAGGGUAUUCCAGCAUUAAUUAAGGACACCCCAUAUAGGUUUUUUUUACUUGUGGGAUCAUGUGUUACUUUCUGUCGUUUCAAAUGAUCCCAUAAAUUCUCAAUAGGACUUAGGUCCCGAGAUUGAGGAGAAAAAUCCAUAACAACCAGAUCACCCAAUAAUUUUUACACAUGUGAGAAGUGUGUUUCGGAUCAUUAUCCUGCGUUGCAAGACAAAUCCCCUUCCACACAACCUUAACCUAGAUGGUAUGGCUUGUCUUUGAAGGAUAGAAUGAUAUUGUUGUUUCGUAAAAAUUAGUUUAUAAGUAGGGAGCAAGAGAAAGGUGAUCUGGUUGUUAUGGAUUUCCUCCUCAACCUCCAGAUCUAAAAUCCUAAAUCCUUCCUAAAUCUGAGCACAUUACGUGCAAUCGGUUAACCAAUAACAAUAACAUGUGCGAUAAACGACCACAGAUGUAAGCACACUUACGCGCCUGGAAACAAAGACGUGCCUUAAAUCGAGCUCACGUUGCUUAGGUAUCCGGCUUGUGAUGUACAAACGCCCUUGAAACAUCGAGGAUAUAUAUAUAGCCUACAUCAAUAUAUCUCACAAGUCAGAUAAGCGAAACUAAUCAAGAUUUGGGAUAUUUAUUUCUUAUCUCUGUACAGUCGUGCACUACAGUAUUAAAUUUUAACCCCCCUAAAAGUUCAAGGGAUCUCUGAGCAAUCGAAACAAUUGGGUCGUUGGAUCAUUCAUCGAUAGCGAAUAUCAAAGAAAAAACCAUUCCUGACUACAAAACUGUUCGUACGAGGAGAGUCAUUACAUGCAAGUAAAGAGUUGAUUAUAAGAAUAAAUUAAAAUUAAGUUGGCUUUCUUAUUGGAACAUUUAAAUUGUUGUAAUACUAUGUGUAACUUGAGUAAAAUAAAACAAACAGCUUUUCUUUUUUUUUUCGCGUGAUCAUGCGUAGCUACGCUCGCACGCUAUGUGACAUUAUUAUUCAUGCGUACCAACCUUUGCUAUUAUUAAUGCAGCUAUUAAAAGCACACUCACACUCAAUGAGUGGAGGUUCAAUCUGAGCUUCUCUUGAGUGUCAUUGCUGUUUUUGAAUAGCUGGAGGGUGAGUAGUAGUCACAUAGUAAGGUAUGACACUAUAUAGCCCUCCAGCUAUUCAAAAACAGCAAUGACACUCGAGAGAAGCUCAGAUUGAAGUUCCACUCAUUGAGUGUGAGUGAGCUUUUAGAAUACGGGCGUAAGUACGAACGUAUGGACGUACACUAAGUACGACCACUUGAACGUACACUCCUGUUGACGUCAUACAUACAUUCGCUUGAAUACUAAUUACUUCCGUCGCUAUAUGAGGGGGGGGGGGUGCUCACACUCAAUGACGGGAGGUUCAAUCUGGACUUCUCUUGAGUGUCAGUGCUGUUUUUAAAUAGCUGGAGGGUGAGUAGUCGCAUAGUAGGGUACGACACUAACCCUCCAGCUAUUCAAAAACUGCACUAACACUAAAGGGAAGCUGAGAUUGAACCUCCACUCUUUGAGUGUGAGUGAGCUUUUAUAUUACAGGUAGUUGUAUCCCUAUCAAUCCGAAUCCCUCUGAUUUUUAAUGUAUUCUUUCAAGUCUGCAUAACGUGUGACAUUUUUCUAUGACAAAUACACACAUUUAACAGCGAUAAAACGUACAAAACAAGGCGAGGGUUUUUUUUAUGUAAUAUAAAUGUUUUUGCUAAUUAUUUGUCUUGUUUCAGGUUAAAUGAAUUAAGAGGUUUUACAAAGAAGAUUUACCAUGUCUCAGUCAAAUGGGGGGAAACGUGAUGGGGGACGCGAGUUUUCUAACCAAGAGAACAAUCGUCGAUUGAGAGAGGUUGCUGGCAAUUUAAGAAUUAUUGGCGAUAACUUGAACAACCAGUACGAACAGCGUCGUGUGGAACAACCUUUUCCACAAGAUGCUGAUGUUGAAGAAAUUGUCCACCAGUGUUUCGUCAUAAUUGUUCAACUCUAUCAUAUGUUUUGGUAGAGAUUAUGUCCAUUUUUAAUUUCACAUGAAAUCUGAGUUUAAAUAUGAGAAUCAUAAAAGGGAACAAUUUGAACAGUAUAGAUAUGAUUUUGAGGAAAUUGUUCAUCGAUUUUGAGGAACAGAGAUUUAAUUACUACAAUGAUUUUUCUACAACGACAUUUUAAGGAAAUUGGUUGAUUUGGUCUUCGAUCAACCGUGUAGCCUGUUUGAUCUGACAGGGAUGAUUUUCCAUUUUCAGUAUGACAAUUAUUAAUAAUAUUACGAAGUAAUAACGUUUCAACUUUUUCAGACAGUGACGGAAACCAGUUUCAAAAAACCGUUUGUGAUUGCGAAUACAUCUGGUUGUGUUUUUGUAUAUAAAUGAUAAAGACCAGAUUUAAAUAUUGGUGGUUGCACGCCAUCUUGGUUGAUUCUUAAAACAGACGUAAACUAUAUUUCAAACACUCAUCAAUAAUGCAUAAGCCUAUUGGCAAAUCAUAUCAACCAUAAUAUGUCACGUGGUCUUCCCUGUGCAAUUUAAUUGCUAGUUUCAGGCCUUCUGCUUGUAAUAAGAUAUCUGCUGGUGGUAACUGUAGAGGCACUACAUAUAUAUGCUGUAAAUAAUUAAUUACCAGGAAAUAAAUUGAGACAUUUAAUAAAUUUUAUUGUUUAUAACCUGAAGAACUUAUUUACAGCCAAAUUUAUUUGAAUGAUGUGCAUAGCGUGUGACAUUUAUAAAACACUUGUUCCUGGGUUCACUUUGGUUUCAAGCAAAUUCCACCUCUGAAAUCGUAGGUUCGAUUUUCGCUGCCGAUAGCCUUAUGACACUUCUGUAUGAAAAGAGUCAGUUAACGCUCUGCCGAAAAUCUCCUGUUUUAUUUGACUCCAGUUUUCUCCAACAGGGAAUGUUGACAGGUUAGCUUAAGGUAAUUCCGCAGUUUUGCAUUGCGCACUUUUACUGCGCACAUCUUAUAACUUAUAUAAUUUCAUCCAUUAUACGUACCGUUUAAAACAAAAUAUCAUUUUAUGACAAUUUUAUGUUACUUCAAAACAUCUUUGGUUACAUUCGUGCAAAGAAUUACGUUAAAAUCAAUGUUUUCAAAAAAAGGCAUAUAAAAGUGUACCUAGGGUUCUCUGUGUCUGUAGUAUAUUUAUUUACUUGUGUUUCACGUUUUAAUGCCACAAUUCCCUAAAAAGAUCGGUGACCCCCGUUUUUUAACUGAUAAUUUUUUUCUUUAAUGCAUUUUACAUUUCAUAUCCGAAAUUAAAAGAAAAAUCAUUUCUGGAUCUUGAAAAUAGAUAUGCUUUAUCAAUGCAUGUUCUCAAAGAAAGAUAUGUAAAGAAAUGUGGAAAAGAUAUCUGUGCCUGUGGAUCAGAAUUGUACACGUUAGUAGUUUCAUUUUGCUCAAAACACAAUACGUUUUCAAAAAUAAUUACAAGAUAGGUUUACUAAAGCAAAAUCCGCGCUAAAAACUUUAAUAAAUAUCGGGCUGUUGUGAGUUUGCUGUUACUCGUAAUGAGCGUCAAGAUGGCACCAUAUUGGGGUAAAGGUGGUAUAUUGUGAUUGUCAUAUCUUCUUAACGAGUUCGGUGACCCCAACUUUUUUCUGUGAUUUUACUUUAAGUAUAUCAUAAACUCCAUGCCUGGGAAGUUUCAGCACAUUCUCAUAUCGGGAACAAUUACUGCGGAAUUACCUUAAGCCCCGUUUACACUACGCUCAAUUUUUGGUACGGCACGGAUAAAAUUGGUACCCGUACCACUUUUUUGGUUCUUGGACUACCUAUUUAGAUCCAGAAAUGAUUUUUCUUUUAAUUUCGGAUAUGAAAUGUAAAAUGCAUUAAAGAAAAAAAUUAUCAGUUAAAAAACGGAGGUCACCGAUCUUUUUAGGGAAUUGUGGCCUUAAAACGUGAAACACAAGUAAAUAAAUAUACUACAGACAUAGUGAACCCUAGGUACACUUUUAUAUACCUUUUUUGAAAACAUUAAUUUUAACGUAAUUCUUUGCACGAAUGUAACCAAAGAUGUUUUGAAGUAACAUAAAAUUGUCAUAAAAUGAUAUUUUGUUAUUAAUAAUUGUCAACGUUAUUACUUCGUAAUGUUAUUAAUAAUUGUCAUACAGAAAAUAGAAAAUCAUCCCUGUCAGAUCAAACAGGCUACACGGUUGAUCGAAGAUUACAAUACCAAAUCAACCAAUUUCCUUAAAAUGUCGUUGUGGAAAAUUCAUUGUAGUAAUUAAAUCUCUGUUGCUCAAAAUCGACGAGCAAUUUCCUCAAAAUCAUAUCUAUACUGUUCAAAUUGUUCCCUUUUAUGAUUCUCAUAUUUAAACUCAGAUUUCAUGUGAAAUUAAAAAUGGACAUAAUCUCUACCAAAACAUAUGAUAGAGUUGAACAAUUAUGACGAAACACUGGUGGACAAUUUCUUCAACAUCAGCAUCUUGUGCAAAAGGUUGUUCCACACGACGCUGUUCGUACUGGUUGUUCAAGUUAUCGCCAAUAAUUCUUAAAUUGCCAGCAACUUCUCUCAAUCGACGAUUGUUCUCUUGGUUAGAAAACUCGCGUCCCCCGUCACGUUUCCCCCCAUUUGACUGAGACAUGGUAAAUCUUCUUUGUAAAACCUCUUAAUUCAUUUAACCUGAAACAAGACAAAUAAUUAGCAAAAACAUUUAUAUUAUAUAAAAAAAACCCUCGCCUUGUUUUGUACGUUUUAUCGCUGUUAAAUGUGUGUAUUUGUCAUAGAAAAAUGUCACACGUUAUGCAGACUUGAAAGAAUACUUUAAAAAUCAGAGAGCCUCGGAUUGAUAGGGAUAUAACUACCUGUAAUAUACAAGGAGAACUUCGACGUUUCGAGCGAAGGCCCUUUGUCGGGAGACGCCUGUAUUCUAAAAGCUCACUCACACUCAAAGAGUGGAGGUUCAAUCUCAGCUUCCCUUUAGUGUUAGUGCAGUUUUUGAAUAGCUGGAGGGUUAGUGUCGUACCCUACUAUGCGACUACUCACCCUCCAGCUAUUUAAAAACAGCACUGACACUCAAGAGAAGUCCAGAUUGAACCUCCACUCAUAGAGUGUGAGUGAGCUUUUAAUAGCUGCAUUAAUAAUAGCAAAGGUUGGUACGCAUGAAUAAUAAUGUCACAUAGCGUGCGAGCGUAGCUACGCAUGAUCACGCGAAAAAAUAAAGAAAAGCUGUUUGUUCUAUUUUACUCAAGUUACACAUAGUAUUACAACAAUUUAAAUGUUCCAAUAAGAAAGCCAACUUAAUUUUAAUUUAUUCUUAUAAUCAACUCUUUACUUGCAUGUAAUGACUCUCCUCGUACGAACAGUUUUGUAGUCAGGAAUGGUUUUUUCUUUGAUAUUCGCUAUCGAUGAAUGAUCCAACGACCCAAUUGUUUCGAUUGCUCAGAGAUCCCUUGAACUUUUAGGGGGGUUAAAAUUUAAUACUGUAGUGCACGACUGUACAGAGAUAAGAAAUAAAUAUCCCAAAUCUUGAUUAGUUUCGCUUAUCUGACUUGUGAGAUAUAUUGAUGUAGGCUAUAUAUAUAUCCUCGAUGUUUCAAGGGCGUUUGUACAUCACAAGCCGGAUACCUAAGCAACGUGAGCUCGAUUUAAGGCACGUCUUUGUUUCCAGGCGCGUAAGUGUGCUUACAUCUGUGGUCGUUUAUCGCACAUGUUAUUGUUAUUGGUUAGCCGAUUGCACGUAAUGUGCUCAGAUUUAGGAAGGAUUUAGGAUUUUAGAUCUGGAGGUUGAGGAGGAAAUCCAUAACAACCAGAUCACCUUUCUCUUGCUCCCUACUUAUAAACUAAUUUUUACGAAACAACAAUAUCAUUCUAUCCUUCAAAGACAAGCCAUACCAUCUAGGUUAAGGUUGUGUGGAAGGGGAUUUGUCUUGCAACGCAGGAUAAUGAUCCGAAACACACUUCUCACAUGUGUAAAAAUUAUUGGGUGAUCUGGUUGUUAUGGAUUUUUCUCCUCAAUCUCGGGACCUAAGUCCUAUUGAGAAUUUAUGGGAUCAUUUGAAACGACAGAAAGUAACACAUGAUCCCACAAGUAAAAAAAACCUAUAUGGGGUGUCCUUAAUUAAUGCUGGAAUACCCUUGUGCCAGCAGUACUUAGAACACUUGUUGAAUCUAUGCCAGGAAGAGUUAAAGCUAUUUUAAAAUCAAAAGGAGGUCACACAAAAUAUUAAAAUAAUGUUCACUUGACUAAUAUAGUAUAAUCAAUUGCAACGUUGAUGUAAAUCCUUAUUUGAUGCACAAAUAGUGCUCUAUUGUGUGAAAAUAUAUUGUAUAUCAAGAAAAGGCAAAAGCAUAUUGACUGGACUCAGACUUUUGACCCCCACUGUACAUCAAAAGCAGUAUUUAUAUGAAAUAUGAUACAAUCAUUAGGUUGAUUAUUAAUGAAUUAAUUAAAUACGAUUAGUUCUUUAGAAGCUUUAAGUCCAUGAUUAAGUUCAGACUAACCCACCCUGCCAACUUGCCCUGUGAGAGGAAUCUGGAGUACCCGAAGAAAACCCACGACUUUCGGCAGAGUGUUAACAGAUUUUUUUCAUAUGAGUCCGUAGCGAGAAUCGAACCACUUAUCAAGUUGCUACAAGGUUGUCACUCACGACUUGUCGACAAAUUGUUGAAUCGCAAGACGAUAACAAGUUGUAGGUUUGUUUCAGCUUGUUAUUAGAAUGUUAGGGUUUGUAAUCCAAGUGAUUAUAUACAUUUUAAGACCUGACCAGGAACGACUGCGAAAAAUGCAGCACAAGGUCCUCUGGUAGGAAUUGAACCUACGGCCCUGCGAUUCCGGUGCAGCGCUCUAACCAUCUGAGCUACAGAGGCCAGCUGUUGAGCUGUAACCGUAAGUUCAUGUAUAUAUAGGUAAUCGGGUGUGCGGGUUGUGAUAAGGUGGACUUGAAUGAUGUGAUUUCUUGUGCGUUUUUACGCGUGUAGCUCCAUUGUCAAUGGUGAUUGCUGUAUAAAAUUAUUUGUUUAUAUCGAGCACUGUACCGGAUAAGCUUUCUGUACUUUAUAGGAACGAUAGUCGGUACUUUCAGAGGAAUUAUUGCAACGGAGAGAUGUUUCGCUCAGCUUCUGAAAGUUGUACAUUCCGUAUAGGAUAGGCAUAGAUAUUUAAAUGUAGAUAUUUAUAUACAUUCACAUGUACAACAUUCCUUAUUCGACGCACAUAUAGCGGUGUGUUGUGUAAGAAUAAAUUGUAUAUAAAUAAAAGGCAAAAUUAUAUUGACUGAACUCAGACUUUUGACCCCACUGUAUAACCUAUAGCUAAUUUAUCCUGAUGAUGACUGAAAUAUAGUCGAAACGUAGAUAAAUAUGCUAUCGAUUUUUGGAGUUUCACUUGUUUUGUAUUUUUUUUUAUAGUUAGAAGAGUAAUAUCUCCAUUGUUGUAAAGAUGAAUAUUCUAGGCUAAGUAAAUAACAUAAGAAAUCGUAAUGCCUGUAUGUAAUGCGAAACAUGCACAACACAUUCGACAUGAAUUCAGAACUGGUAUGACAGUUUUUCGCCGCCGAAUGAAAUUUCGCCAUAAAUCAUCGCAAUUUUCAUAGAUUUGUAUUAAAAUGCCAAGAAAAGAAAACGCGUACAAGUACAAAGAACUAUUCUAAGUGCAAUCAUGCGUGACAUCAAUCAAUGCAAUCAUGCGUGACACAUAAAAGACAGAGAUACAAGGAAGUCAGGAUCAGUUUGUUAAACGCUUGUCCCGAGAAGAAGUCGUCAUGGCCGAAGCUCAAGAAACCAACGAUGUGCAUAUUGUUAUAGAUGGUAAUUUAUUCAUAAUUAGGUUAUAUAUUGUGUAGACAAUAGGUUGUUUUGGUCAGUAAUAAAUCUUGCUCGUCUAAGACACGAGUCAAAAGACUGAAAAGCGUAUUAAAGCGAAUUUUCGUGACCAAUACUAGUUUAGUCGUCGACAAAUCAUACCGUCUACGACUACGGCAUGGAGAAUGAAACGCCAGAAGUUGUUCAAGGCGAAAUACCUCAAGUACAACCAACACAAUUAGCUAUGCUUCAUCAAAUAUUACCGCCACAGCCUCUAGACUUGAGAAAUAGUGGUGAAAUCGCCGAAAAUUGGAAACUAUGGAAAGAGAAAUACAGCCACUACUUCGUUAUCUCGAGACUACAACAAGAAAGCGAACCGAAUAUCAGUUAGCGAUGUUUAAACGUGCAAUUGGGGACGAUGGCUUAAAGGUCAUUAAAACAUUCAGUUACGCAACAGAAGAGAAUGUUAAUGACUGGCGUGUGGUCAUAAGCAAAUUAGAAAAGCAUUGCAUUGGGGAAGUAAACGAGAUAUACGAAAGAUACUGUUUUAAUAGACGCGAUAAACUUCCAACUGAAUCCGUGGACAAUAUCGUCGCUGAGUUGAAAACCUUGGCAAAGACCUGCAAUUUCUGUGAGUGCCUUCGCGAUAGUUUAAUUCGUGACCGUAUUGUCCUGGGAAUUAAGAAUGAACAAACAACGAAGAAGCUACUAAGAACAAGAGACCUCACCUUAAACAAAUGCAUAGACAUAUGUCGAAGCGAAGAAGUUACGGACAUGCAGAUGAAGUCUCUUGCAGAGCCCGAAGAUAUCAACUCCAGUCGAAAGCAAAGAUUAAGCCAGGAGUUUUCGAAGGAAAGAAAGGGUUACAAUCUGGCAAGAAAGUUUCAUGUAAAUUUUGUGGCUACGAACACGCGCCAGACAAAAAGAAAUGCCUGGCAUGGGGAAAAACUUGUAAUCGAUGCAAAGAAAGAAACCAUUUUGCUAAGAAAUGCAAGAAAACCUCAGUUUAAAGUAUCGAGAGCGAAGACGAGUACGAGGAAAUCAGCAUGGUCAAAGUCCAAGCAGUGCGAGAAAAGGCUGUGUUCGCGAAAAUGCACAUCAAUAACAAAGCUAUAAAGUUUCAGAUCGACUGUGGUGCAAGUGCUAAUGUAUUACCGCUCAAGUUUGCCAAAGAUGUCGAGCUUACUCCGUGUACCAAGACACUCGUGAUGUGGAAUGGCAAAGGUCAAACCCUUGGGAUCUUGUACCCUACCGGUGAUUAACCCAAAGAAUGACGUAAAGUAUCAAGUGAAAUUUCUGGUCGUCGAAGAGAAUUGGACACCGUUAUUGGGUUUGAAUGCGGUAGAGAAGAUGAAAUUGCUAACAGUUCACAGCGAAAACUUUGUCAAUGUCGUGGAGAAAUGUGACAAUGAUCCUGUAAACAAGUAUCCAGAUGUUUUUGAUGAAAAUCUUGGGACAUUGUCCGGCAAGGUUCAUCUGCAAGUAGAUGCCACUUGCAAACCUGUGGUGUUACCCGCGAGGAAAAUACCCGUGGCUGUUAGAGAAAAGUUCAAGAAUGAACUGAAAAGAUUAGAAGACUUAAAAGUCAUAGCCCCUGUGGACGAACCAACGGAAUUGGUCAGCCAAAUCGUGGUCGCCAUGAAGAAAUCAGGUUCGUUGUGGAUUUGUAUCGAUCCAAAACCCUUGAAUGCUGCUUUGAAGGGGGAACAUUAUCAAAUCCCUGUGAUUGAUGAUCUAUUACCAGAUCUGACAGAUGCGUGUGUGUUUACUAAAGUGGAUCUAGCUUCAGCUUUCUGGCAUCUCGAACUGGAUGAAGAGUCCAGCGUCCUGACAACUUUUGCAACUCCUUAUGGUCGUUUCAAAUGGCUUCGUCUUCCAUUUGGUCUCAAUGUCUCGAGCGAGAUAUUCCAGAAGCGUCUAAAUCAAGAGUUAGAAGGCCUUCCUUGCGUCAAGUGUAUCGCUGACGAUGUGUUGAUUUAUGGUACCAGUGAAGCUGAUCAUGACAGGAACUUAGCCAACUUUAUGUGUAGGUGUCAACAUAAGGGCAUAAAGUUAAAUCCCCAGAAGCUAGAGUUCAAGUGCAAAGAAGUUCCAUUUCAUGGACAUUUGCUGACCACCGAGGGAUUGAAACCAGACCCAGAGAAAGUUAGAGCAAUAAGAGAAAUGCCGCGUCCAGAAAACCGAGAAGACGUGUUACGCCAAAACGGGAUGGUAACCUAUCUUAGUCGUUUCCUGCCUCAUUUGUCUGAUGCGAUGAAACCCUUGCGAGAUCUUACCCAUAAAGAUGUCGUGUGGAGUUGGAGUGAUGCUCACGAGAAAGCAUGGGAUAACGUGAAGAAGCUUAUCUCAGCUGCACCAGUCUUGGCAUACUACCAACCUGCAGAACAAUUGGAAAUUCAAUUGCUUUGA